AUGCGCCGCCAAAAGAAGAAUGAAAAGGGAACGGUUGCAGCGUACCUAAGCCAGAAACAGGCGAUGCGGAAACUGCAACUAGGUUUAUCCAACUUUCGGCGUAUAUGCAUCCUGAAAGGUAUCUAUCCAGUUGAACCGAAAAAUAAAAAGAAGGCUGGUCUCGGGAACUCGCAGCCAAAGAUAUAUUUUCACUCCAAAGAUAUCGCAUUUCUUGCAAGGGAACCUUUAAUAGAGACCUUUCGAAAGUUGCGUGUGCAUCAGAAACGCUUAAGGAGGGCGCGUGAAAAACUUGAUAAAGAUAAGGAGUAUCGGCUAAGGAUGAACAAACCAACCUACACCCUGCAUCAUUUGGUUCGGGAACGAUAUCCCACGCGCAGUGAUGCUCUUCGGGACUUAACCGACAGUCUUAACCUUGUCUUCCUGUUUGCGAGAUUGCCGCGCUUGACACAAUUUCAUCCCGCCCUAAUUUCAUUGUGUCGCAGGUUUUCUGUGGAGUUUUUGCACUACGUCAUCGCUGUACGAUGUAUUCGAAAAGCUUUCAUUACUAUCAAGGGUUUUUUUCUGGAAGCCGUAAUUGAUGAGAUUCCAGUAGUAUGGGUGAUUCCACAUCAGGCCGCCACGCAUACGCCAACAGAUGUAGAUUAUCGUCUUUUGGCAACAUGUGUUGAGUUUGAUGUUACGUUGCUUGGAUCUUUGCUAUGCAAUCUUUAUAAGCAGGCUGGUCUCUUAUAUCCUCCAGAAUUUAACACCCCAAAUAUCAAUGCUCCGUCUUCCUCAUACUGUACGCCUGAAAAUAUGCAUUUCGAGUUUCUUGCCUCUUUUUCGUUCCCAAUAAAGGGAUCUGAGAAAAAUAGCGCUGAUUCUGUUCAAUUGGAUGAUUUAAUGGAACUUCAAGCAAUUGACGACUCUGUCACAGCAGCAGUUAACAAACAAAUCCAGGCUCAGAGAAUCCAACACAUUUUUGACGGCAAACACUUCUUCUUUAACCGCGAGGUACCCAAAGAGGUUCUUACAGUAAUUAUUCGGUCGUGUGGUGGUGAUUGCAGCUGGGAUGCCACCUCCGGUCUGGGCGCAACCUACACUGAGGACGAUGGUCGCAUUGAUUAUCAAAUUGUGGACAGACCAAUGAAAGAGAUGAAAUCAAAUCGGCGACCCCAGUGGGUAUUUGAUAGUUUGAACGCAGGUCGUCUUUUGCCGACCCAGGACUACCUGCCAUCGGUAUCUCUCCCUCCGCACCUCUCACCGUUCGCCACCGCAUUGACUGCAGACCCGCGGACAGCCAUGGCGGAAGCGCUGAAACAGGCAGCUGCGGUGAGUGCCGCUCCUGGCUUUGGUGCCGGCUCCGCGCUCUAUCGACCUCCCGAAGUGGACUACCUCGCUGGUCUUGUCUCCCUCGCAGAAGUGCGUGGCGCUGCUGUCGCUGCUGCUCAGACCGACGAAACCUCUGGCAACCAGCAAAAGGAGGGAGGGGAAGAGGGGCAUUUGGAAGUUGGGGGGGAGGAAAAGAAAGGUUCAAAGAAGAACAAAACGAACAAGCACAAUGUCAUCAGGGCUCUGAAGAAAGGAAAGAAAGCUGUAGUGAAACCGGGUCAGUCAGUGAACCAGCUGGUCGUUAAGAUGGCUGAACGAGCCGAGGAGAAUGCCCAACGUAAACUUCGUGAAAUGAUGCUACCCAAACGGCAUAAGAACCUCUACAGGAAGAUGGUGCAUGCCCAAAAGGCCGCAGACAAGGAUAUGCGGCAAUUGGCUGAGCGCAGAAAGGCCUUUGAGAAGUUUAAGUCAACGGUCCCAGAGGAAACCGAAAUAAUGGCACCGAAGUACAACUUGUGA